AUGCCUGUUACUGACGAGUUUUAUGUGUUUGGUGAUCAAAAUAUUAUGGUGCCAGUACAUUUGAAUUUUGGCAAAUAUAUUUUAGAUCGUUUGCGACAAAUGAAAGGUGCAAUAGCAUUGGUAAAUGGGACUACUGGAGAAACUCUAACGAUCCGGCAACUUCUUCAGUAUUCUGUCAAUCUGGCCAGUUCACUUUCAACUUUGGGAAUUGGAAACGGUGACGUGAUUGCAGUAGGUUCAGAAAAACGUAUAACGUUUCUGCCGACUCUCUUGGGCGUUUUGUUUACUGGAGCGUCAUGUACUCCUUAUGCCCUAGAUCUAUAUAGUAGCAAAGCUGUACUCAGGCAAAAGUUGUCUUUGGCAAAACCUACGCAUUUGAUAUGCUCUAAACUCUUCUGGGAACGACAUGAAGAAGUCCUAAACUCAUGUGACUCUAUUAAAUCUCAUAUUUCAUUUGAUUGUUUUCCACAAAAUGCCUUAACAAUAAAAGAGCUAGUUGCAAAAGAUAUCGAUAUUGACAGAUAUGAACCAGCUGGAGUUCUUGGACAAGUAGAUACUGCGUUUAUAUUGUACUCAUCUGGAACGACGGGUGCGCCAAAAGGCAUUCGUCUCACACAUUUGAACUCUAUUAUGAGUAGUCUUCCGGAAAAAUACAUGGAUGAGUGGAACAUUCAGACAGCUUAUGUUCUUGGGGGAUGGUAUUUUAAUUAUGACACUUUUAUGACUUUUAAAUUACUUUUGGCUGGAAAAAAAGUAGUAUACAUUGAUGACGUUACAGUUCUGAAUAUGUUGAAAUGUAUAGAAAAAUAUCAGGUCAACAUAUUAAUGGUUGUACCCUAUCAUCUUAAUCUACUCAUUAAAACAGAAUCCCUAGGAAGGUUUAAUUUGGAUGCAUUAAAAAUAAUUUACUCUAGGUCAACCCUUCUUCACAAAAAUACCAUAGAACAACUAAAGCAAAGACUACCUAAGCUACAACAUAUUUUGCAAGGCUAUGGAAUGACUGAAUGUGGAGAACCGACUUCAGAAAUUCGGGCAGUUAAGGGUCCUAAGCCAGGAAGUGUUGGCAUGGCUGCACCUGGCAUUACUAUGAAGAUAGUGGACCUAAAGACCAACAUAAAACUAGGCCCUAAUCAACAUGGAGAAAUACGAGUGCGAGGCCCAAUGUUAAUGAUGGAAUACAUAGGAGUAGACCCAUCUACUUAUUUGGACGAAGAAGGUUUUUUAAAAACUGGUGAUGUGGGGUACUACGAUGAUGAAAACUACUUCUAUAUCGUUGAAAGGAAUAAAUACAUAAUUAAUAAUCAAGGGAAUAAGAUUGCACCAUUAGAACUCGAAAAUUUACUGGAAAUGCAUCCAAAAGUUCUUGAAGCCAGUGUUAUUGGAAAACCAGAUCCCGAUGACGGAGAACUGGCAAUGGCUUUUGUAGUAAAGAGACUAGAAUCAGAUGUCACGGAGCAAGAGUUAAUAGAUUAUAUAGCUUCAGAAGUGCCGCAAUAUAUGCAGCUAAAAGGUGGUGUGAAGUUUAUCCACGAACUUCCUAGAAGCCCCAGAGGAAAAAUUCUACGUCAUCAGUUAGGACAAAUGUUAAAUUAAUAUUCAUAACUCCACUUUAGUUU